AUGAACGCGGAAUACGACUAUCUUUUCAAACUACUCCUUAUUGGAGACUCUGGUGUAGGCAAAUCUUGUCUAUUGCUUCGUUUUGCUGACGAUACUUACACUGAAAGUUACAUUUCUACUAUUGGUGUCGACUUUAAAAUUAGAACUAUUGAAUUGGAAGGAAAGACUGUAAAGCUUCAAAUUUGGGAUACAGCAGGUCAAGAACGUUUCCGUACUAUUACUUCAUCCUACUACCGUGGAGCACAUGGUAUCAUUGUGGUCUAUGAUGUAACUGACGCCGAUAGUUUCAACAAUGUCAAGCAAUGGAUGCAAGAAAUCGAUCGUUAUGCCGCUGAGGGUGUCAACAAACUAUUAGUGGGUAACAAGAGUGAUUUGACUGACAAAAAGGUUGUUGAAUAUACUGAAGCCAAGGAAUUUGCUGACUCUAUCACUAUACCUUUCUUGGAAACAUCUGCAAAGGACUCCACCAACGUCGAGCAAGCAUUUUUGACCAUGGCCAAGCAAAUUAAGGAUAGAAUGGGCGCAACUGUCCAGCAACAGCAGCAACAAUCAACUGUUAAAGUAGGUCCCGGUGCAUCACUUCAACCUGGACAGAGCAACAGUGGUGGCGGCUGUUGUUAA